GGUUUAACCCCACCUUCGGUCCAUGUUGGGUGAACCUUUACGGUUCUCCUCAGAACUCCACCCUCGGAGACGUCCACCAGGCUUUGAAUCAGGGUCUGGGUGAAGGAAUCUUCUACCGCGGUCGAAUCCUCCUCGCUCUCACCGUGGAGGUUUACUCCUCACCUGCUGCCGUCAGCCAGGACACACCCUCCGCCGCCUUGGGAAAGAUGAAGGGGGCGCUGGGGAAGCUGGGACUGAGGAAGAAGAGGAGCAGCAAGAAGGAGAAGACUAAGGAAG